AUGCUUUUUUCUUGUAUCCCUUUGAAAGCAUCUAUACGAGUAUUGCCGCCGGCAAUAUCUAUACGAUGUUUUGCCUCGGCUUUGGCGGCUCCUACCCGCUAUAAAGACCUCAAGCAGAUAUACAAGUCUCCAGAGCUCUUACAAUACAACGAUAAGGAGAUCACCGUGGAGCAGCUUGGUGGGAUUCACGCCUUUGAUCCCAAGAUCUCUGGUGCUUUCAAAAAGCUUGGUUAUGAACUGCUCACGCCCGUCCAAGCUCGCUCCAUCGUGCCCAUGAUGGUAGAGGAGAAUGGUGUGGUUUGCAGAGCUAAGACUGGCACUGGUAAGACAAUGGCGUUCGUGAUACCUACGGUCCAAAACGCCUUGGACUAUUAUUUCGAGACAAAAAGAGGCUAUGGUAAAGUCCAUUCCUUGAUCAUCGCUCCUACUAGAGAUUUGGCGUUGCAAAUCAAGGACGAGUACGAGAAACUCUUGCUGAAGGACAGGGCCUUGUCAAAAAUCAGAGUGAGGCUUUGUAUCGGUGGCAAGUCGGACUCGUUCACAUAUGCGCCAUCUAUUAUGGUGGCCACUCCAGGACGUUUAGAGGCCAACUUGAGAAACCCUCGUUUCUCGGCCCUUUUCUCUGAUUUGAAGUAUAGAGUAUAUGACGAAGCAGACAGAUUGUUGGAUCAAGGUUUCGAAGAAAGCUUAAUUAAUAUCGACACCAUGCUUAGAGAGGCCCGGGUGAAGGCGCUCAAUCCUACCACAAAAAUGAGGUCUGUGCUCUUCAGUGCUACUGUUGAUAAGAGAGUCGACGAGUUUGCCAGGAACACAAUGGGAGACGACUACCGCUACAUUAAUUGCGUGCCUGAGGAUGAGCCUGAGGCCCACGAAAACAUUCACCAAACAUUGGUCAAAACGAAGAACUCUUACGAAUCCCAUGUGGCUGCGUUCACCGACAUUUUCCGCAACUUGGCUACCAAGCCCAACUACAAGGCCAUUAUGUUCGUUCCUACUGUCAGCGGCACUGACUAUUUGUACGGGAUCUUGCGUGGUGGCGCAAAUGCUGGUCUUAUAGACAGAGACACCAUGAGAUCGAGCAGAACAUCCAUUCUCAAGCUUCACGGACAGAUCUCCCAGGGAAAGAGAGACAAGGCUACUACAGAAUUUAGAACUUGCAAAUCUGGUGUUUUGGUCUGUACGGAUGUAGCAACUAGAGGUAUGGAUUUCAAAAACGUCACCGAUGUAAUCCAGAUCUGUCCUAGUUCCGAAGUUGCUGAUUAUGUCCACAAGGUCGGCAGAACAGCCAGAGCUGGUACAUCUGGUAAUGCCACCCUCUAUUUGUCCAAGUCUGAACUACCUUACGUUCGCUAUUUGCAGAAAGAGAGAGGUAUCAAAUUCUCGAAAGAGGUGGAAUACGAAACCAUGUCAGAGGACGCUCCUGAGUUCGAAAAGAUCAGAAUUUACGAGGAUGAGACUGAGGAUUACAUUCGCAGUUAUCUAGGAUUUGCUCGUGGUAUAAUAUCGUCUUACCGCUUGAAGAUGGAGGAUGCCAUUGCAAACAUCCUGAACUUGUACAGAUCCUUGAUAAAGGAUCCUAACGCUAAGAUUGAAAUCUCAAGAAAAAUGUUCUUGCAAAUGGGUCUUAGAGAUCCACGUGGCGAGUACUUCAAUGUUCCUGGCGGAGUUCCUCGUUUGGGCGGCAAAGACGAUCGCAAGGGAGGAUUCAAGGGCAACUUCAAGAAGCGAGGCAAUAACUUUGGAUAUCGUCAAUCCAAUUAUCAGUCGUCUGGAAAGUUCACAGACCGUAUAGACAAGCGCUACAAUGAUAGAAACUCUAAAAGGACCUUCGACUCUAGGUUCUAUUAG